GAAGGGUAUAAAAACGCGGGAAGGGGGAAGAAGCUGCUGAGGUAAAACGGAGUACGACGCGCAUGUAACGCAUCUCCAGCACUCGGGCGCAUCGCAUCACUGCCCACAGCGCAGGAGGAACAGAGGAUUCUCUUAAAUGGUGUCCAGGAUGUGUUUAGAGUAUCCAAUAGACUUGUAAAGACAGUCAUUCUUUAUCAAAAGCUGGACAGAGUACCUACGAGUUAUCACAACUGAAAUGUAAGAUGAAUGAGACCACAUAAUAAUGUGUAUUGUGUCCCUGAUACCAUCUUGCUGGUGGGAAAUUGUCAUCGUUGGGGUUCAAUGACACAAUGGGGAACGAAGAGUCUCCUGGUAAUAAUGAAUUUACUAUACAAGGAUGAUGAAGUUGUCCUACAGUGUGUCGCUAACAUAUAUAAGGAGCAAAGGAAAUUUUGCUUGGCAGCAGAGGGACUGGGGAAUCGACUAUGCUUCCUGGAACCAACAUCAGAAGCCAAAUAUGUUCCUCCGGACCUUUGUAUCUGCAAUUUUGUGCUGGAGCAGUCCCUUUCUGUCAGGGCCCUUCAAGAAAUGUUGGCAAACACAACGUCAAAUGGCAAUGAAGGGGCAUCACAAGGAGGUGGACACAGGACCUUACUGUAUGGCCAUGCAAUCUUAUUGCGACAUUCAUUCAGUGGAAUGUACUUGACGUGUUUGACGACAUCAAGAUCCCUAACUGACAAACUUGCAUUUGAUGUUGGACUCCGGGAUACUUCAACAGGAGAGGCUUGCUGGUGGACAAUCCAUCCUGCAUCCAAACAGAGAUCGGAAGGAGAAAAAGUUCGGAUUGGGGAUGAUCUGAUUUUGGUCAGUGUGUCCUCCGAAAGAUAUUUACAUCUCUCCAUAUCCAAUGGAAUGGGCAAUAUCCAGGUAGAUGCCUCUUUUAUGCAGACCCUCUGGAACGUCCAUCCUACGUGCUCUGGGAGCAGUGUGGAGGAAGGGUAUCUCCUUGGCGGACAUGUGGUCCGGUUUUUCCAUGGUCAUGAUGAAUGUGUGACAAUUCCGUCUACUGAUCCAUCAGAGGUCCAGCACAGGAAAGUUAAUUAUGAAGCAGGUGGAGCAGGUGUUCGUGCUAGGUCAUUAUGGAGAGUGGAGCCCCUCAGAAUAAGCUGGAGUGGAAGUCACAUCCGAUGGGGGCAGACAUUCCGCCUUCGCCAUAUUACAACUGGGCAGUACUUGGCACUGACAGAGGACCAAGGAUUAGUGCUACAAGACCGAACAAAGUCGGACACCAAGUCAUCAGCUUUCUGCUUCAGAGCAUCCAAGGAAAAAUUGGACUCUGGACCAAAGCGAGACAUUGAUGGAAUGGGAGCGGCAGAGAUUAAGUAUGGAGAUUCAAUUUGCUUUAUCCAGCACGUAGACAGUGCUCUGUGGCUGACUUACAAAGCGCAAGAUGCAAAGACUGCGCGAUUGGGACCACUUAAAAGAAGAGCGAUUCUGCACCAGGAAGGCCAUAUGGAUGAUGGCGUCACUUUACAGAAGUGUCAGCAUGAAGAGUCCCAAGCUGCUAGAAUCAUCCGUAACACCACAGGCUUGUUUAGCAAAUUUAUCAGUGAUCUGGAUUCUCUGACGCGAAAUAACCGAACAGUAACAGCCCCCAUCGCCCUGCCUAUUGAGGAGGUAGUUCAAACCCUGCAAGACUUGAUUGCUUAUUUCCAGCCUCCCGAGGAAGAACUAGAACAUGAAGAUAAACAGAAUAAGCUCCGUUCACUCAAAAAUAGGCAGAACCUUUUUAAAGAGGAGGGUAUGCUGGCUUUGGUGCUGAACUGCAUUGACCGUCUCAAUGUGUACAGCUGUGCAGCACACUUUGCUGAAUUUAUUGGGGAAAAAGCUGGACCAGCAUGGAAAGAAAUAUUAAACCUUCUUUAUGAAUUAUUAGCUGCCCUUAUUCGUGGAAAUAGGAGCAAUUGUGCACAAUUUUCCAAUAAUCUGGAUUGGCUUGUUAGCAAAUUAGAGCGUCUUGAAUCAUCUUCAGGAAUACUGGAGGUUCUGCACUGCAUCUUGAUUGAGAGCCCAGAGGCUUUAAAUUUAAUAGAGAAAGGACAUAUUCGCUCUGUAAUUUCUCUCUUGGACAAACAUGGACGAAAUCACAAGGUUCUGGAUGUCCUCUGCUCUCUAUGCGUGUGUAAUGGGGUUGCUGUACGUACAAACCAGAACCUAAUUUGUGACAACCUGCUGCCCAGAAGAGAUUUAUUGUUACAAACUCGUUUGGUUAACGAUGUCACCAGCAUGAGACCAAACAUCUUCCUGGGUGUGGCGGAGGGGUCAGCACAGUACAAAAAGUGGUACUUUGAGAUGAUCAUCGAUCAGGUGGAUCCGUUUCUGACACCAGAGCCAACUCAUCUACGCGUUGGCUGGGCUUCAACGUCCGGCUAUGCCCCUUAUCCUGGUGGAGGGGAAGGAUGGGGAGGAAAUGGUGUGGGGGAUGAUCUUUUCUCCUAUGGAUUUGAUGGUCUCCACUUGUGGUCUGGUCGGGUACCCAGGGCAGUGGCUUCAAGUAAUCAGCACUUAUUGGCUUCUGAUGAUGUGGUCAGCUGCUGCUUGGACUUAGGAGUUCCCAGUAUAUCCUUUCGCAUUAAUGGGCAGCCGGUCCAGGGCAUGUUUGAGAACUUUAACACUGAAGGCCUCUUUUUUCCAGUUGUAAGCUUCUCUGCUGGAGUCAAGGUUCGCUUUCUUCUUGGUGGUCGCCAUGGUGAAUUCAAGUUUUUACCUCCAGCGGGCUAUGCUCCAUGCUAUGAGGCCUUGUUACCAAAGGAGAAGAUGAGAGUGGAGCCUGUGAAGGAGUACAAGAGGGAUUGCGAAGGAGUUCGUGAUUUGUUGGGUACAACACACUUUCUGUCACAAGCCUCGUUCAUCCCAUGCCCCAUCGAUACCAGCCAGAUUGUGUUACCACCUCAUCUGGAGAAAAUCCGAGACAAACUAGCUGAAAAUAUUCAUGAACUUUGGGGCAUGAACAAAAUUGAGCUUGGCUGGAUCUAUGGCAAGGUUCGAGAUGACAAUAAACGUCAGCACCCUUGUUUAGUAGAAUUCUCUAAGCUGCCUGAAACAGAGAAGAAUUACAAUUUGCAGAUGUCCACUGAGACCUUAAAAACGUUGCUGGCUCUGGGGUGUCUUAUUGUGCUCUCAAACCAAACAGCUGAAGAAAAUUUGAAGAAAGUAAAACUCCCCAAAAACUACAUGAUGUCCAAUGGCUAUAAACCUGCCCCAUUGGACCUCGCUGAUGUAAAACUGUUGCCAGCCCAAGAAGUUCUAGUUGAUAAGCUUGCCGAAAAUGCACACAAUGUCUGGGCAAAAGAUAGAAUAAAACAAGGAUGGACCUAUGGCAUUCAGCAGGAUCUGAAGAAUAAACGAAACCCUCGCUUGGUGCCAUAUGCUUUACUAGAUGAACGAACUAAGAAGUCUAAUAGAGACAGCUUACGUGAAGCUGUGAGAACAUUUAUUGGAUAUGGCUAUAACAUCGAGCCUCCAGACCAAGAAAUCACUGACCAAAUGAUGGAGCGAGUUGGCGUUGACAAAGUUCGCUUCUUCAGGGUGGAACAAACAUAUGCUGUCAAAUCUGGGCAGUGGUAUUUUGAGUUUGAAGUGGUGACUGGAGGCGACAUGCGUGUUGGCUGGGCCAGGCCUAACUGUAGAGCGGACAUUGAACUUGGGGCAGAUGAUCGGGCGUUUGUAUUCGAAGGAAGCAGAGGCCAGUGCUGGAACAUGGGAAGCUCUUUCUUUGGCCGAAACUGGCAGCCAGGAGAUGUAGUUGGUUCCAUGAUUAACUUGGAUGACAAAUCAAUGAUCUUCACUUUAAAUGGGGAACUUCUCAUCACCAAUCAAGGCUCUGAGCUGGCAUUUGCUGACUUUGAAAUUGAGAAUGGUUUUGUUCCUGUCUGCUGCCUUGGGUUGUCUCAGAUUGGUCGCAUGAACUUUGGAAAAGAUGCCAGCACCUUCAAAUAUUACACAAUGUGCGGCCUGCAGGAAGGCUUCCAACCCUUUGCUGUCAAUAUGAACAGAGAUGUUGCCAUGUGGUUCAGCAAACGCUUACCAACAUUUGUCAAUGUGCCAAAAGAUCAUCCUCAUAUUGAGGUGACAAGGAAAGAUGGGACUGUAGAAAGCCCUCCAAGCUUGAAAGUUACACACAAGACCUUUGGUACUCAGAACAGUAAUGAAGAUAUGAUCUACUGCAGACUGAGUAUGCCUGUGGAGUUCCACUCCGCCUUCAACAAUGAGGAGCACUUCCAGAAGCGAAACCAACUUCAAGAAGCGUCCUCACACACUACCACUUUGUAUUAUUACUCUGUUCGAAUAUUUGCUGGUCAAGAUCCAUCUUCUGUAUGGGUAGGAUGGGUGACUCCUGACUACCACUUCUACAGCAAAAAUUUUGACUUGAACAAGAACUGCACUGUGACUGUCACUUUAGGAGACGAGAGAGGCAGGGUGCAUGAAAGUGUUAAACGUAGCAAUUGUUAUAUGGUGUGGGGAGGUGACCUCUCUACUGGCUCACAGAGGUCAAGUCGUAGCAGUGUAGAUAUUGACAUUGGGUGCCUUGUUGAUCUGGCCGCGGGGCUACUGUCAUUCACAGCCAAUGGGAAAGAUCUUGGGACCUGCUACCAGGUUGAACCAAACACCAAGCUGUUCCCAGCGGUCUUCCUGCAGCCGACUAGCACUAAUCUAUUCCAGUUUGAACUUGGAAAAUUAAAGAACUCCAUGCCCCUUUCAGCUGGAAUAUUUAAGAGUGAGGAGAAGAAUCCAGUGCCGCAGUGCCCACCCCGCUUAGAUGUGCAGUCUAUCACACCCGUUCUCUGGAGCCGAAUGCCUAAUACUUUCCUAAAAGUAGAAACAGAACGUGUGAGUGAGCGUCACGGCUGGGUGGUGCAGUGCCUGGAACCCCUGCAGAUGAUGGCAUUGCAUAUACCUGAGGAGAACAGGUGUAUUGACAUUUUGGAACUGUCAGAGACGGAAGACCUGAUGAAAUUUCACUACCACACCCUUAAGCUGUACUGUGCAGCAUGUGCACUAGGUAAUAACCGCGUGGCCCAUGCCUUGUGCAGCCAUGUGGAUCAGUCCCAGCUUUUUUAUACCAUUGAUAACCAAUACCUGCCUGGCCUUUUGCGCUCUGGUUUCUACAAUCUCCUCAUCAGCAUCUACUUGGAGUCUGCUAAGGAGGGCAAGCUUAUGAUGAACAAUGAGUUCAUUAUUCCUAUCACAGAUGAGACUCGACAGAUCCGACUCUUCCCGGAUGAGUCUAAAAGACAUGGCUUACCCGGAGUGGGUUGUAGUACCUGCCUGAAGUCUGAUCUUCGUUUUACAGCACCCUGCUUUGUAAUGAUAGGUGAGGAAAGGCAACAACAUGGCCCAGAAAUCCCAGUUGAUAUCCUCAAAUCAAAAGCAAUUAGCAUGCUCACCGAAGCAGUGCAAAGCAGUGGUGACCACAUCCGAGACCCGGUGGGGGGCAAAGCAGACUUCCAGUUUGUGCCAAUACUCAAGCUCAUUGCCACUCUCCUUAUUAUGGGAGUUUUUGAGGAUGAGGAUGUGCGUCAGAUUCUGCUGCUCAUUGAUCCAAACGUUUUUGGAGACCACAAGGAAGAAGACACAGAAGAGAACUGCGAUAAGGAGGAGGUGGCACAGGAUGAAGAAAAGGCUGUGGAAGCUGGAGAAAAAGCAACAAGAGAUGCCAAGGCUCCUGUUAAAGGUUUACUGCAGACCCGACUCCCAGAAUCGGUCAAACAUCAGAUGUGUGAGCUUCUUCAUCACUUCUGUGAUUGUGAGCUGAAACACCGCGUGGAAUCCAUAGUUUCUUUCUCCGAUAACUAUGUAUCAAAGCUACAGUACAAUCAGAAGUUCCGUUACAAUGAACUAAUGCUAGCACUGAACAUGUCUGCCGCUCUGACUGCCAAGAAAACUAGGGAAUUUCGCUCACCUCCACAGGAACAGAUUAACAUGCUUCUGAAUUUCCCACAACUAGAAGAUAGCCCUUGCCCAGAAGAGAUUCGAGAUGAGCUAUAUGAGUUCCACGAGGAUCUUCUCAUGCACUGUGGCAUUCCACUUGAGGAAGAAGAGGAGGCGGCGGAAGAUACAUCAUGGACUGGUCGGCUUCGAAAACUAGUGUACAAAAUUAAGGGCCGGCCAAAGACUGAAGAACAGGAUCCAGCAGAGGAGGAGGAGAAAUCUCCUACGACACUGAAAGAGCUUAUCUCACAAACUAUGGUACGGUGGGCUCAAGAGGACCACAUUCAAGACCCAGAGCUUGUGCGUAUAAUGUUCAGCCUUCUACGUCGGCAAUAUGACAGUAUUGGAGAGUUGCUGCGGGCUAUGCGGAAAACCUAUACGAUCAGUGCUGCCUCUGUGGAAGAUACCAUAAACCUUUUGGCCUCAUUGGGGCAGAUACGCUCCUUACUAAGUGUGCGGAUGGGAAAAGAAGAGGAGAUGCUCAUGAUUGAUGGUUUGGGUGACAUUAUGAACAACAAAGUCUUCUAUCAACAUCCAAAUUUGAUGCGAGUCCUAGGGAUGCAUGAAACUGUUAUGGAGGUCAUGGUGAAUGUGCUAGGAGGUGAUAAAUCUCAGCAAAUUGCGUUCCCCAAGAUGGUGGCAAGUUGUUGCAGAUUCCUCUGCUACUUUUGCAGAAUUAGUAGGCAAAACCAAAAGGCCAUGUUUGAGCAUCUUGGCUACUUGUUGGAGAACAGUAGUGUUGGUCUAGCAUCUCCGUCCAUGCGAGGUUCCACACCUCUAGAUGUCGCUGCAGCAUCUGUGAUGGAUAACAAUGAACUUGCUUUGGCUUUGCAGGAGCCGGAUCUGGAGAAGGUCGUGACAUAUUUGGCAGGUUGUGGGCUGCAGAGCUGUCUGAUGUUAAUAGCCAAAGGAUACCCUGAUAUUGGAUGGAACCCCAUAGAGGGCGAACGCUACCUGUCUUUCCUGCGUUUUGCUGUAUUUGUGAACUGUGAGAGCGUAGAAGAGAACGCUAGUGUGGUAGUGAAGUUACUCAUCCGACGCCCUGAGUGCUUCGGGCCUUCCUUGAGAGGAGAGGGGGGAAAUGGUUUGCUGGCGGCAAUGCAGGAGGCUAUUAACAUCUCCGAGAACCCAGCUCUGGACCUUCCUUCUCAGGUGUAUCAGAGGGAAGUGGUCGAGGAAAAUGAAGAAGAGGAAGAGAUUGUACACAUGGGAAAUGCUAUAAUGUCCUUCUAUUCUGCUCUCAUAGACCUUCUAGGACGCUGUGCACCAGAAAAUCAUUUGAUCCAAGCUGGUAAAGGUGAAGCUUUACGAAUCCGCUCCAUCCUCCGAUCACUGGUGCCCACUGACGACCUGGUCGGGAUUAUUAGUAUCCCCUUAAAACUACCUGCCUUUACCAAAGAUGGCUCAGUGUUUGAGCCUGACAUGGCAGCAAGCUUCUGCCCUGAUCAUAAGGCUCCCAUGGUGCUAUUCCUCGACCGUGUCUAUGGUAUUAAGGACCAAUGCUUCCUCCUUCACCUGCUGGAGGUGGCCUUCUUACCUGAUCUCAGAGCAUCGGCAUCUCUAGACACAGCUUCCCUGAGUGUCACAGAGAUGGCUCUUGCUUUGAACCGAUAUAUCUGCUCGGCGGUGCUCCCAUUGCUCACUCGCUGUGCUCCCCUUUUCUCUGGCACCGAACACUAUGCAGCAUUAAUUGAUUCCACCCUGCAUACAAUAUACAGACUGUCCAAGGGUCGCUCUUUAACCAAAGCUCAGAGAGACACAAUUGAAGAGUGUCUGCUUUCAAUAUGCCAUCACAUGCGGCCUUCCAUGCUCCAGCAGCUCCUGCGACGGCUGGUGUUUGAUGUCCCAUUGCUCAAUGAAUACUGUAAAAUGCCACUGAAGCUCUUGACAAACCAUUAUGAACUGAGCUGGAAAUAUUACUGCCUGCCUUCCGGAUGGGGGAGCUUUGGCCUGGCCUCAGAGGAAGAAUUGCACUUGACUGAAAAGCUGUUCUGGGGGAUAUUUGACUCCCUCUCUCAUAAGAAGUAUGACGCUGAGCUCUUCAGGAUGUCUAUGCCUUGCCUCAGUGCGAUAGCUGGUGCAUUGCCACCUGAUUAUGUUGACACCAGAAUAAAAGCAACACCCGAGAAGCAGAUGUCAGUGGAUGCUGAGGGCAAUUUUGACCCAAAGCCCAUCAAUACAGCCAAUCUCACAUUACCAGAAAAACUGGAAUAUAUUGUAAAUAAGAACGCAGAACACGCACAUGAUAAAUGGGCCUAUGACAAGCUGCAGAGUGGAUGGAAGUACGGACCAUCCCUUGAUGAGAACAUGAAGACCCAUCCACUAAUGAGAGCCUUUAAGACACUAUCUGAAAAGGAGAAAGAAAUCUAUCGCUGGCCUGUAAGAGAGUCUGUGAAAACUAUGUUGGCAAUGGGCUGGAGUGUGGAAAGAACUAAAGAAGGAGAAGCUCUAGCUCUACAUCGGGAGAAUGAGAAAAUGCGCAGCAUAUCUCAGACUAACCAGGGAAAUGGCUUUAGUCCUACCCCACUUGAUCUGAGCAAUGUUGUCCUCUCCAGAGAGCUCCAGGCGAUGGUAGAAGUGAUGGCAGAAAAUUACCACAAUAUCUGGGCCAAAAAGAAGAAGACAGAGUUGGAGACCAAAGGUGCAGGAAGCCACCCUCUCUUGGUGCCUUACGACACCUUAACAGCAAAAGAAAAAGCUCGGGAUCGUGAGAAGGCUCAAGAACUUAUCAAAUUUCUACAAGUGAAUGGUUAUGCCAUAUCAAGGGGAUUGAAGGAUAUGGAGCUUGAUGCAUUUUCCAUGGAGAAGAGAUUUGCCUUUAAGUUUCUGAAGAAAGUUCUGCAUUAUGUUGAUUCUGCACAGGAAUUUAUUGCACAUUUAGAGGCUGUUGUUGGCAGUGCUAAAGCUGAAAAGUCGCCACAUGAGCAAGAAAUCAAGUUUUUUGCCAAAGUUCUCCUACCACUGGUUGACCAGUACUUUAAGAAUCACUGCCUGUAUUUUCUCUCCUCCCCGAUUAAAACUCUCAGCAGUAGUGGCUAUGCAUCCAACAAAGAGAAAGAAAUGGUGGCAAGUCUGUUCUGCAAACUGGCAGCUCUUGUCAGACAUAGGAUCUCACUGUUUGGAAGUGACUCUGCCACCAUGGUGAGCUGCCUGCACAUUCUGGCUCAGACUCUUGACACACGCACAGUGAUGAAGUCUGGUUCUGAGCUGGUAAAGGCUGGAGUUCGUGCUUUCUUUGAAAACGCUGCAGAAGAUUUGGAAAAAACAUUGGAAAAUCUAAAGUUGGGGAAAUUUACUCACUCAAGGACUCAGAUGAAGGGAGUCUCUCAGAAUAUUAACUACACAACUGUGGCUCUCCUUCCGAUCCUGACUUCCAUCUUUGAACACGUGGCUCGUCACCAGUUUGGUGUUGAUUUGCUAUUGGAUGAUGUGCAAGUGUCCUGCUACCGGAUCCUCUGCAGCCUCUACUCCCUUGGAACAGGAAAAAACAUCUAUGUUGAAAGGCAGCGACCAGCCCUGGGAGAAUGUUUGGCAGCGCUGGCCGGAGCUAUUCCUGUGGCUUUUCUUGAACCAUCACUAAACCACAACAAUCCACUCUCUGUUUUCAACACUAAAUCUCCCAGAGAGAGAGCCAUUUUAGGUAUGCCAGACACUAUUGAAGAGAUGUGUCCAGAGAUGCCACACUUGGAAGGGCUGAUGAAAGAGAUUAAUGACUUAGCGGAGUCUGGAGCCAGGUAUACAGACAUGCCACAUGUCAUUGAGGUUGUCCUGCCAAUGCUGUGCAACUACCUCUCCUACUGGUGGGAGAAGGGCACCGAGAACGUGCCAGAAAACGCCAGGCCGUGCUGUACUCAGGUGACUUCAGAACAUCUAAGCGUCAUCUUGGGCAACAUCCUAAAGAUCAUCAACAACAAUCUGGGCAUAGAUGAGGCUUCCUGGAUGAAGAGAAUUGCAGUUUAUGCUCAGCCAAUUAUCAGUAAGGCUCAGCCAGACCUCCUGAAGAGCCAUUUCAUCCCCACACUGGAGAAACUGAAGAAGAAAGCAAUAAAGAUUGUGCAAGAAGAAGAGCAAUUGAAAGCAGACAGCAAGACUGACACGCAGGAAGCAGAGCUACUAAUUUUGGAUGAGUUUGCUGUGUUAUGUAGAGAUCUUUAUGCUUUCUAUCCUAUGCUGAUCCGAUAUGUGGACAACAACAGGUCCAAUUGGCUCAAAAAGCCAGAUGUGGAUUCUGAUGAGCUGUUUAGAAUGGUCGCUGAAGUUUUCAUUCUUUGGUGUAAAUCACAUAAUUUUAAAAGAGAAGAACAGAAUUUCGUGAUUCAAAAUGAGAUCAAUAAUUUGGCAUUCCUGACUGGAAACAACAAGAGUAAGAUGUCAAAACCCAUACAAGUGAAGUCUGGAGGGCAAGAUCAGGAGAGGAAGAGAACCAAGCGCAGAGGAGACCUGUACUCCAUACAGACAUCCCUGAUUGUGGCUGCCCUGAAGAAGAUGUUACCCAUUGGUCUCAACAUGUGCACACCAGGGGACCAGGAACUCAUAUCACUGGCAAAGAGCAGAUAUAGUCUUAAAGAUACAGAUGAAGAAGUGAAAGAUCACCUGCGCAGCAACCUCCAUCUACAGGAGAGAUCUGAAGACCCUGCAGUGAAAUGGCAGCUGAAUCUAUACAAGGAUAUACUGAAAAGUGAGGAGAAUGAUCCUGAGAAAACGGUAGAACGUGUGCAGAAAAUUUCAGCUGCCGUCUUCCACCUUGAACAGGUGGAGCAGCCAUUGAGAUCCAAGAAGGCUGUCUGGCAUAAGCUCUUGUCGAAGCAGAGAAAGAGGGCUGUUGUGGCAUGCUUUCGUAUGGCUCCUUUGUACAAUCUGCCAAGACACAAAAUUAACAAUUUCUUCCUGAGCUCCUACCAACGUAUUUGGCUGGAAAAAGUACAUGAGAACUCAGACUAUGACAGUCUAAUACUCGUGUUAACGAAACCCAAGAAGACUGAUGAAGAGGAGGAGGAAGAGACGGAGAAAAAGCCAGAUCCUCUUCACCAGAUUAUUUUACACUUCAGUCGCAAUGCCCUCACUGAGAGAAGCAAGCUUGAGGAUGAUCCCUUGUAUACGGCAUAUGCAGCAAUGAUGGCUAAGAGCUGCCAAAAUGAAGAAGAGGAUGAGGAAAAAGAAAAAACAUUUGAAGAAAAAGAAAUGGAGAAACAAAAGACGUUGUAUCAGCAGGCUCGUCUGCAUGAGAGAGGGGCUGCGGAGAUGGUGCUACAGAUGAUCAGUGCAAGUAAAGGUGAAAUGAGCCCUAUGGUUGUGGAAGCCCUAAAGCUUGGAAUUGCAAUCUUAAAUGGUGGAAACACUGUGGUGCAACAGAAAAUGUUAGACUACCUAAAAGAGAAAAAAGAUGCAGGCUUUUUCCAGAGUUUGUCUGGCCUGAUGAUGUCAUGCAGUGUUCUGGACUUGAAUGCAUUUGAAAGACAAAACAAAGCGGAAGGGCUUGGAAUGGUCACAGAAGAAGGAACACUCAUUGUCCGGGAGCGAGGCGAGAAGGUAUUACAGAAUGAUGAAUUCACGAGAGACCUAUUUAGGUUCCUGCAACUUCUGUGUGAAGGACACAACAAUGACUUCCAAAACUUCCUCAGAACCCAGAUGGGUAAUACAACCACUGUAAAUAUUAUCAUUAGCACAGUGGAUUAUCUUCUCCGUCUCCAGGAAUCAAUCAGCGACUUCUACUGGUACUACUCGGGGAAGGAAGUGAUUGAUGAAUCCGGACAGCAUAAUUUUUCUAAGUCUUUGGCUGUAACCAAACAAAUAUUCAAUUCACUCACAGAAUACAUUCAGGGCCCAUGUAUAGGGAACCAGCAGAGCUUGGCACACAGCAGGCUCUGGGAUGCAGUGGUUGGGUUCCUUCAUGUCUUUGCAAACAUGCAGAUGAAGCUCUCCCAGGACUCUAGUCAGAUUGAACUGCUUAAAGAACUUCUGGAUCUCCUGCAAGACAUGGUGGUGAUGCUGUUGUCUCUUCUAGAAGGAAAUGUCGUAAAUGGGACUAUCGGAAAACAAAUGGUCGACACACUUGUAGAAUCCUCCAGCAAUGUUGAAAUGAUACUGAAGUUCUUUGAUAUGUUCUUGAAGUUGAAAGACCUAACAAGCUCUGACACAUUCAAGGAAUAUGACCCAGAAGGGAAGGGUAUUAUCUCAAAGAAGGAGUUCCAAAAAGCCAUGGAAGGGCAAAAACAAUAUGCUCAGUCUGAAAUUGAAUUCCUUCUUUCCUGUGCUGAAGCAGAUGAAAAUGACAUGUUUAACUAUGUGGAAUUUGUAGACCGAUUUCAUGAACCAGCUAAAGACAUUGGUUUUAAUGUGGCUGUUCUGUUGACCAAUCUUUCAGAACAUAUGCCAAAUGAUUCUCGGCUCCAAUGUUUGUUAGAUCCUGCAAACAGUGUACUGAACUACUUUUCACCAUACUUGGGCCGUAUUGAGAUAAUGGGUGGAGCAAAAAGAAUAGAGAGAGUAUAUUUUGAGAUCAGUGAGUCAAGUCGAACACAAUGGGAGAAACCACAAGUCAAGGAGUCCAAGAGACAGUUUAUAUUUGACGUGGUCAAUGAAGGUGGAGAACAAGAAAAGAUGGAACUGUUUGUUAACUUUUGUGAGGAUACCAUUUUUGAGAUGCAGUUGGCUUCCCAGAUCUCCGAAUCAGACAUAGCCGAAAGACCUGAAGAGGAAGAAGAGGAUCAUCCUCACCACAUGAUUGAAGUUGGUGAAGAAGAUGAGGAAGAGCAGUCGUUAGAAUCUUCUUCUGCUUUUAUUGUAGCUUGCACAGCACUUAAAAAAAAUUCUUCCAACUUCUUCAAAAUGCUAACUUUAAAGAAUGUUGCUAAACAAUUUCGUAAAGUGAAAAAAAUGACACUUAAAGAACUAGUGAAGGUCUUCAUCUCAUUUUUCUGGACGCUGUUUGUUGGUUUGUUCCAGUUUGUGUUUACUAUAGUAUGGGGAAUAUUCCAAAUUCUUUGGAGUACAGUGUUUGGAGGGGGCUUAGUUGAAGGGGCCAAAAAUAUUAAAGUCACCAAAAUAUUAGGAGACAUGCCUGAUCCAACACAGUUUGGCAUCCAUGAUGAUGUCUUGGAAGCUGAAAAGGCAGAUGCCUCUGAACACUCUUCAUCUUCAGAGCUUGCCCAUCUAAAAGGAGACAAGGGAGAUAUGGACAUACCUGAUAUCUUUAGCAUUCAGGCUAAAAAAGAAGGUUCUAAGCAUGGACAAGAUAUUGGUCUUGGCGAUUACGCAGAGAUUGCUGCUGCAGAAAACACAACCAGCUUGGAGAGUGCUGUCAGCAAGCAGAGAAAAGCUCUUGCAGAGGAAAUUGCAAAAGAAAAUGAGGACAACUCAAAAGCGGAAUCAGAGAAGGCUGACAUUGAAGAUGGUGAGAAAAAGGACAAAGGUAAAGCGGAGGAACAGUCACAGUUCUUGGAAAGUAAAGAGGGAAUGAGAAAAAGGAGGAGACGGGGGCAGAAAAAAGAAGAGCGUGAAGCAUUUAUGGCAAAUUUCCUGGCAGGAUUGGAGAUUAACCAAACCAAGAUGCUGAAUUAUCUGGCCAGAAAUUUUUACAACCUACGAUUCCUUGCUCUGUUUGUUGCAUUUGCCAUUAACUUUAUUCUCUUGUUCUACAAGGUAACUGAGGAACCCUCCAGUGAAGACACAGAUAGUGAAUCAAACCUAUGGAACACGUUUCAAGAUGAUGAGGAGGAUACAGAAGGAGCAGUUUAUUUUGUCUUGCAAGAAAACACUGGUUACAUGGCUCCAACAUUACGCAUCUUGGCCAUUAUUCACACCGUCAUCUCUUUCCUCUGUGUGAUUGGAUACUACUGUCUGAAGGUUCCUCUGGUGGUAUUUAAACGUGAGAAGGAAAUUGCUCGCAAUGUGGAGUUUGAUGGUCUGUACAUCACGGAACAGCCCUCAGAUGAUGAUAUUAAAGGGCAAUGGGAUCGUCUUGUCAUAAAUACCCCGUCUUUUCCUAAUAAUUACUGGGAUAAAUUUGUUAAAAGGAAGGUUAUCAAUAAAUAUGGAGACUUGUAUGGAGCAGACCGAAUUGCAGAACUCCUGGGACUUGAUAAGAAUGCAUUGGACUUCAGCCCAGUGGAAAAGACCAAAAUAGAAGAGGGAUCACUUGUAUCAUGGUUAAGUUCCAUUGACAUGAAGUAUCACAUCUGGAAGCUUGGCGUGGUCUUCACUGACAAUUCCUUUCUUUACCUUGCUUGGUAUACGACCAUGUCAAUACUUGGACACUACAACAACUUUUUCUUUGCUGCUCAUCUUCUGGACAUUGCUAUGGGCUUCAAGACCCUGAGAACCAUUCUCUCCUCAGUUACCCACAAUGGAAAACAAUUGGUGCUAACAGUUGGGCUACUGGCCGUGGUUGUUUAUCUUUACACUGUCGUGGCCUUCAACUUUUUCCGGAAAUUUUACAACAAGAGUGAGGAUGAAGAUGAUCCUGACAUGAAGUGUGAUGAUAUGAUGACGUGUUAUUUAUUCCACAUGUACGUGGGUGUGAGAGCUGGAGGUGGCAUUGGAGAUGAGAUUGAGGACCCUGCUGGUGACCCUUAUGAGAUGUAUCGGAUUGUAUUUGACAUCACCUUCUUCUUCUUUGUUAUUGUUAUACUCCUGGCCAUUAUUCAAGGUUUGAUCAUUGAUGCCUUUGGUGAACUGAGAGACCAACAAGAACAAGUGAGAGAAGAUAUGGAGACAAAAUGUUUCAUUUGUGGGAUUGGAAAUGAUUACUUUGAUACAACACCGCAUGGCUUCGAAACACAUACUUUACAAGAGCACAACUUGGCUAACUACCUGUUCUUUCUCAUGUACAUCAUUAAUAAGGAUGAAACUGAACACACCGGCCAGGAAUCUUAUGUUUGGAAGAUGUAUCAGGAGAGAUGCUGGGACUUCUUCCCAGCGGGUGACUGUUUCCGCAAGCAAUAUGAAGAUCUGCUUGGAUAAUGAACUGACAUCAAUCUGACAGCAUAAUCCAUUGGGAAGGGACUGAAACCGGAACAAAAACUUGCCCAAUGCGGCACAUUUACUGAUAGACCUCUUCCGCCAAGCAAGGCUUGUGUGGAUCCAUGUACUUUUCAUAAAACCAAGGAUGUAUAUUACAGUACAUAUAAAGGUCUAUAACAUAUGUGCAAUGAAGUACCAGAUUUACAGGAGAAAAAAAAAUCACUACAGUACAUCAAUAAAUGGAUGCUCUACCAUGGUCAAUUAACCAUAGUGCAUUUGUUGAGUCACUAAAAAUAAUAAGAAAAAAUAAACUACAGUAGAUGUUAUUUUGGAGCAAACCAGAAAAGAGCUACAGCCAAAAGUUUCCGAAUAAACCAUUGAUAAUCAGCCUGAAUGCACCCGCUCCCCAUCAACUCUUGAUUUUCUCAGUCACAUAAACAUGGGCAGACAUCUCGUAAUUAAAAUGCCACAUCUGGCUGCCCCAGAAUUAAAGGGCUAAUUGACACACUCAGUGCACAAUAUUUAUCUUCACACCAACAGUUAAGUCAUCUCUGCCAUACUGAUUCUGUGUCUGGAGAAGCAUGCAGAGGUUAUUUCUUGUUUUGUACUUUCAUACUGAGGCUUUUGACUAUGUCACUAUAUAUAAAGGAAAAUGUAAAAUCUAAUGCUAGUCACAGACGCCGGGUUUAUUCAAGUUUGCUGCAUCUGUUUCGGAGAAUGUUUGUGCUCUGGAGCCUGAAAGAAUUCAAUCGGACAUACGCAGGCUGAAACAGUCAUGGCCUUAGGUAUUACAGGUGAGCCGCUGGGGGGCAUCUGCUGCCCAGGGCUCUGAACUAUACAAGUUUACCUAUGUAAGAUAGUCUAGUCUACAAAAGGUGGUAGUGUGUAGCAGUAGUUGUGAAGCUUCAGGCAGUUGAAGGUAAAGAUAGUAAGGGAAAAGUUACUACUUAACACUUUUUCGACCCUGAACUUAAUCGAUUAAGGGGUACAUUUACUAAGCAGUGAU